GCUCGCGGCCGCUUCCGGGUUUGGGCGUGAUGGAGUCGGUCCUCAGCGAAGUGGUGGCGUUGGAGGAUCUGAAAAGAUUCGAGAAGAAGUUCAAUUCUGAGCUGAAUGCAGGCGGUGUCUCCAGAGGAACACAGUUUGAGUAUGCUUGGUGCCUGGUCCGCAGCAAAUACAAUGAGGACAUCAAAAAGGGCAUUGUACUUUUGGAAGAACUGCUGCCCAAAGGGAGCAAAGAAGAGCAACGGGACUACAUAUUCUACCUUGCAGUAGCCAAUUACCGAUUAAAGGAAUAUGAAAAGGCUCUGAAGUAUAUCCGGGGGCUGCUGAGGACUGAGCCAAGCAACACGCAAGCCUUGGAGUUGGAAAAGCUGAUCAACAAAGCUAUGCAGAAAGAUGGCUUGGUUGGCAUGGCGAUCGUUGGUGGAAUGGCGUUGGGAGCAGCCAGUCUGGCUGGCCUUAUCGGCUUGGCCAUCGCCAAAUCGAAAUCCUAAGAUGGAUAGGAUGGAGCUUUGACCGAAUACGGGACAGAAGACAGCCUUCUCAAAGCAGCAAGUUUUCCUGGGCAGAAUCUUUCCUUCAGCUGAAAACUGAUUUUUUUCCCCCUCCUCCUGGGCUUGCUCUUUACCUGUAUCACAGUGUGUAGUCAUCGUCCUUGCCGGCACUUGUUUUCUUGGAAUUUUCCUCUUUACGGCUAGCUGUGUAGGCUCCUGAGUUCUUUUACUUCCUUUAGAAAACAUUUUGUGGAGCUGAAGGGGCUGGGGUAGCACCACCAGGAGAACGUGGUCCACCUCGUUUGGCCUUUGAUGGUUGUGGUAGACCUUUGAAUACAUAAGCUUGGUAGUGGAUGGGCAGGAGGUUCAGGCCACUUUAGUCCACUCCAAGCCACUCCAUCUCUUGCUGAACUACGAUACCCAGCAUCCUUCACUCCUGGCCACUCUACCUAGACCUGCUGGGAUCUGAAGCUCACAAGUUAGCUAGCCCUGAGUAAGACAUCAGUCUCUAUGGUGGCAUAGAUAUUGUUGUGUGAUCAUGGGUGUUUGAAGAUUGCACCAUUGGAAAACAUUACUCCUCUCCUUUUCUCAGUAAGGUGUUUAUAUUGUUCUCUAGCCUCUGAGUGGCAUGAAGGAAGAAUAAAAGAAGUUGGGAGAGGGAGGUCACUGGUUUCCUUAACUCUUGGUUUCUGCCUUUCAGGAAGGAUGAAGGAAGGACAAGUAACAAAUCAUGUCAUUGUGCGAAUACUGCAACUUACGUCCUGCGCUUGCAUCAGAUGUCAGGAUGCAAGUACGUAAUAGUGUUUGCACAAUGACUUCACCCUGAGCCUGUUACUGUUUUGGCACCCUUCUGGCUUGCUGUCGAAGCCACCGAUAGAAGGUGAUCUCUUGCUAAACUACUUGCCCGUUCUCAAGCAUCCUGGCUUCUUUGGAGCUCUCAGAUAAUAUUUCUGUAUUCCUGGGCAUUUGCCAGGGUCUGCCUGGAUAAUAACCACCUUUUGGCUCACCUUGUACUCGGGUGCAUUGGCAGCAGGAAAUGGCUUAAUUGCUUUGAAGGAAUUUAUGCCAAGUGCAGCACACAACCCAAGCUGAUCUUCGAGAAGGAGAAGAUGGCUGGUUUCGCAAGCCAUUGAUGAGGGUGGGGGCCAGCUCACCCCUGUGAACAGAACCUGAUAACAUCCUGGAAAAUUCCUGGGUUCCAGCGAUGGUUGAAGUUUUCAGUGUAGCCUUUGGACUAAUGUGGUGGUUCCUUUUCCCCACCCUGCCUAGAUAAUUUCUGAGAUGUAGCAAGUAAAGUGAUUCUUCCUAUACUGGGGCCUUCUGGUAGUAGGAACUAUCUGGUACUUUUUUCCCAGAUUUUAAACUUUUGUUCCUAAAGUGCAGCAGGUUGUCUCUGGUGGCUGGCGGCCAAGGUAAAGACCUUUCUUUUUAAGUCAAAGGGUUUGAAAUAGCUCUAGCUCAUAUUAAAUUCAAUAUCUCUCUUUUAGAAUGACUAUUUCCUGAACAAGGAUGGGAUUCGGUGUGGUAUAAUGGCUAGCGUUGCGUUGACAGGAGGAAAGGACUAAGCUUGAAUCUGUCUAGAGAGGUCCCAAAGUGUGCCUUCUCUUUACUGGCACUGCCUUAUGGAACAGCCUUCCUCCCUGUUGGUUUCUUCUGAAGACUUGGCUGUGAAGACUUGGCUCUUCCCUCAGGUGCUGGGGCCAGGAUGUUAAUGAAGCUCCAGCAUGGGUGGGUGUGAGAUCUUGGAAACGAGAUUUUUAUUGGGGCCUCACCUUGGUUUUUCUUUGAAUUGAUUUUAUUUUUGGUCACCACCCACAGUUCUGUGGGAUAGAUGGGUGGCCAUAUAAAUGGGAAAGAGAAAGAAAGAAAGAAAGAAAGAAAGAAAGGAAAGAAAGAAAGAAAGAAAGAGAAAACCAGUCCUCUCCCUUCUGCCUCAUUAGCACCCUUUCCACAAGGAAGACUUUGGGGAAAUAAGUUCUAAGUUAGCAUGCAGAAUUGUACUAUUUGCAGAGUAACACACACACACACACUCUCUCUCUCUAUAUAUAUAUAUAUUUACUCUGGGCAGGUUACUUAAAAGGAGCUUUCCAGUCUAGAUGUCUACUUAGAAAUAAGCCCCAUUAUUUAGAGCCAGCUUUUGUUGAGCCAAAAUGGGUUAAUUUGUUUUUGGUUUAAUGCCAUGUGUCAAUCCAACCAUGCCAGUUUAGAAACCUUCUUGAUGUGAAAGUGUUCUAUGACUUAAUCAACAAACCACCAUUGAGUACACGGUAGGAACCUAGUCCAUGGCUAUUCCCAGGCCAAACAAAGAAAAUAGGGCUUAAGAUGAUACAUAGUCGGUCAGUUGUGGUUUAUAGUUAAGGUGUUUUGAGAACUCUGCCAGUCAAGGCUUAGCUUGAUAUGGGAACCUGGGCAAGGAGUUAAGUGGGUUAGUGCAAGUGUGUUAUGUAAAUGUGGGAUAGUGCACUUAAUUUUGUACUUGUAAAAAAGAUGGUGGAGCUGUGAAAAUUACUUUUUAGUGCCUCUGGAAUCCAGGCAGCUAUUCACCACCAAGAAAGAUCAUGUGUUUCCAUUUCAUGAAGUAUGCAACCCUUUUCAGAUGCUGUGGAGUCUUGUAUCUCUGAAUAAUGAUUAUUUUUCUUGAUGCCUUUUCUACCUUCCCUUGUUUUUUUUCUUUCUCCACCCACUUUUUUCUUAGUUUUCCUUGGAAAUGUAGUGGCAGUGGGAGAAAUUGCUCCAUUCUCCCAGCUUGACUUUCUGUGUUAGAUGAUCCACCUGUUAUACAUCCAGAUGUGAGUCAUUUCCCGUCUUCUUCCCCAAUGCGUUAUUGUUUAAUUCAGUCACAGGUUUUGGCCAACCCUGUAUUUUUUGCUUGGUAAGUUGAGUUGGUAACGGCAUUAUGUGACUUCUUUAUAAAUGAAAGUGAUACCUUCUAGGAAGUAAAAAAUAGAGUUUAUACCCCACCCCACCCCCAGUUUACUGACAUUCUGGUUUCUCAGUUGUGUAAGCUACAGAAUUUUGGUCUUUCGUGUUGAACUGUGAGUUGGAGACAGAUUUGGCUAUGCCCCAAUGAAAUUCAUGGGAAUUAAAUUACUCAUGUUCAUGAUGUGAACAUUCUCCAGGAGGUAUCUUAGUAGCAAUAUUUUAGAAGGGUCAGGUAACAGGUAUGUGGUUCUAAUGCUCAAGUUAUGCAGGGCAUUCAUUCUCCCUUAAAUGCAAGAGGUUCCAAAGAGGCUAUGUGUGUUGAGAUAAAAAUUUUCUUUACUUAACUGCUUUGUGUCCCCCAAUUUGAGGAUGGUGGUAAUUUCCAGAAAUUUUCGUUUUACAUAUUGUUUGGGACACGUGCUUCAAACAUUAGACACUCACCUCUCCUUUAGGUCCUUUAAUUGAUGUUCCCCACUUUUUCUUAUAGCUUUUUCCUGGUCCAUCUGGAACUGUUGCUUCUGAUCCUUGCUUGCUCCUUCCAGCUAGUCACCCUGGCUGAUACCAAACACACAUUUCUCUUCGCUUAGUUUAUUUUUAUAUCCAACUGACUUGGAAAUAUUGGAAUAAAAUAACCUUUGCUCAUCUAAUGACAAAUCUAAUUAACAUAUAAAGUCUUUUCUUGCCUUUCCAUAAAUCUGCUUUCUUUUCUGGGUCAAAAAUCAGCAACUUGUUGGAUCCCUGUUCUUCAAUAAAAAUUCACUACAAAGGAAAAGAAAAAUCCAGUCAAAUAGGAAAUGUCUGAACUUAAGCCCUGCUCUCUAGUUUCUACUUCUAGAGGUUUUCAAGUUGUACUUUCAAUUUACUGUGUUUUUUUUUAAAUACAGCAUAUCUUUGACCAGGUUGUUACACCAGAGAACAACUUUAUUUAAGUUUAUUAAGGGAUCUUCCUUCUGAGGCUCAGAGAGCCAGGAAUUGCUAUCAAGAAUUAUAAUAAAUAACACAACCCUAAUGUUAAAAUUGUGGACUCAGUGUCAUGUGCUAAGUUGUGUUUUGUUUAACCGUGGCUUGUUGAAUAAACAGUUGCCAUAAACAAUGUUUUACAUAUUUUAAAAAUGGGAUCAGUUUUAAGCUGAGUUUAGCAUGGAUGAACCCAGCUGUUAUAAACCUGAUUUAUAAAUCAUUUAUGGCUUAGUGCAGGGUUUCUCAACCAGGGUUCCGUGGAAACCUAGGGUUCCACGAGAGGUCACGGGGAUCCCCUGGGAGAUCACAAUAUAUUUAAAAUUCAGGUAACUUCACGUUAAAAGGGUAGGUUUCAUUCUUUAUUUUCAGUUUAAGAACACCGUUAAUGCAUAUAUACGGGCCUACACAUGAAAUGAAUAUAAUAAUUUUGUAACUUUUGACCUCUAUUUGAACCUGAAUGUGCAGGGGUUCCUGGAGGCCUAAAAAAUAUUUCAAGGGUUCCUCCAGGGUCAAAAGUUGAGAAAAGCUGGCUUAGUGUGUUGUCUGAAUCCAGCUACUGAAGCUUAUCCAACAAACUCCGAUUAAGCAAGCAGGCUGGGGGUGGUGUAAAUUCAGUGAUAGAGUGAUUUCACUUUGUAUGUUAGGAUUGAUGCACAUUUUCUUAAGGUGUGUGCGCGUGUCUGUGUGUAUUUGGGAGAUGAUCAAGAACCAUGGACUCCAUUAUCUCUUCCUUUCUGAAGCAGCUGUAUAAAAUUCCCUGAUUUUUUUUUUAACCCAGAUGCCCGAUUUCUCUCUUUGGCGUCAUAGAGUAUCUUUCAUUCUUCUCUCAUUCUUAAACUUCUAGAUAGUCAUCCAGAGUUCAGCAUUGCUGCCCAAUCUCCUUAAGGCUGUAAGGAUUAGAUUAGGGAAUUCUUUCCUGCUUUGGCAAACUGAUGCCAAGUGGAGUACCUAAAGGAGAACUAUUCCAUAAUGAGCAAUCUGUUGGAUGCCUCAGCAAAGAAUGGGAACAGAGGUUCUCUCUGGGAGUUGUACAGAGGAAGUAAUCUGGUUAAGUAAGAGGAGAAAAGAGAUGGGCACUUGAUUAAACCAGUGUUUGUCAAUCCUAGCGACUUUAAAUUGUGUGGACUUCAACUCCCAGAAUUGCUGGCUGGGGAAUUCUGGGAGUUGAAGUCCACACUUCUUAAAGUUGCUAGGGUUGAGAAACAUUGGGUUACAUCACAAAGCUUGUCUUCCCUUCUUUCAGAUAGGUGCUGUCAACAUCAACCUUUGUGGCUAAUUUAGGAAUUAUAAGUCUUCAGGGUUGUAGAAAGGAAGCUUGGUUGUCUCCCUCUCAGGUCAGGCUCCUUAUCAAAAGCUUAUCUAAAGUUCUCAGCUUUCAUCCCCAAUAAAAAGUGGGUAUCACCAAG